CUUUGGGUUUAGGGUUUAAGCCUAUACUAACCGGAAUCACAACUUGUAAUGGCUUCUAGGGGUAAUCACGAACUAGUAGCUUACAGAGUUGAAGAAGAAAUUGAAGAAGAUGACGACGACGAUGGGGAGCCCGAAGGCUGGGAUGACUGGAACGGGGAUGACGAUGAAGGAGGAGAGGGAGGCUCUGGAUCGGAUUUUCUCUGUCUCUUCUGCGAUUCCAAGUACAGUUCGUGCGAUUCCUUGUUUGAGCACUGCGCCAAAGUUCACCGCUUUGAUUUUCAUCGCAUUAGGAAAGAUCUUAGCUUGGAUUUUUAUGGCUCUUUCAAACUCAUUAAUUACAUACGCUCACAGGUAGCGGAUAACAAAUGUUGGAGCUGUGGAUUGACAUGCCAGUCCAACAAAGACUUACAGAAUCAUUUGCAUGACACAGUAAACUUCAAGGAUAUUAAGUGUCUAUGGGAUGAUGAGAGAUAUCUAAAACCGUUCAUACAAGAUGAUUCGUUGUUGUACAGUUUUGAUGAAUCUGAAGAAAUUGAAGAUGAGCAGUUUACACCAAUUAAUGAGGAGGAACUAGUGGGGGAUUUGAAGAACUCUGAAGAGAUUUGCGGUGGUGAUCAAAAUACUGUGGAAAAGAUGGUACUUAAUGCUGAUGACUUUGAUAUGACUAGUGUAAAGGGAACUACUAAUUCUGUUAAUGAUAUUGACAGUCCUAGUUCAUGGGACAAGGAUCUUAUAAAUGAUAAGGACUCGAGAGGGUUUCUUUCAUCAAAUGACAAGAAUCAAGAAGGUCAUUUGACAUCUAUCUCCUCAAGUCGUCUUGCAAAGCACGUCAUGAAGGUUAAUGAAAAUUAUUUUGGAGCUUAUAGUUCAUUUGGCAUUCAUCGUGAGAUGCUGAGUGAUAAGGUGAGAAUGGAUGCAUAUGGUAAUGCUAUUUUGAAGAACCCCUCUCUCCUAAAGGGUGCUGUAGUUAUGGAUGUAGGUUGUGGAACUGGAAUCCUCAGCCUUUUUGCAGCUCAAGCAGGGGCUUCAAGGGUGAUUGCAAUUGAGGCUAGUGCCAAGAUGGCAGCAGUGGCGUCUAAGGUUGCAAAUGAUAAUGGUCUUUUGCAUUGCAAAAACCAAAGUCAAGCUGAUGGCCUCCAGAAGGGAGUAAUAGAAGUGGUCCAGGGUAUGGUUGAAGAGGUUGAUAAAAACGUUGAACUUCAACCUCAGAGUGUUGAUGUAUUAUUAAGUGAAUGGAUGGGAUAUUGCCUGCUGUAUGAAUCUAUGCUUAGCUCAGUCCUCUAUGCACGGGACCGGUGGUUGAAGCCUGGAGGGGCCAUUCUUCCUGAUACAGCAACCAUUUUUGUUGCAGGUUUUGGAAAAGGGGGUACAAGCCUUCCUUUUUGGGAAAAUGUGUGUGGUUUUGACAUGUCUUGCAUUGGCAAGGAGUUGGUGAACGAUGCUGCCCAAUUUCCAAUAGUUGAUGUUUUGGACUAUGAAGAUUUGGUCACCGAUUCUGUGAUCCUUCAGACUUUUGACUUGGCAACUAUGAAGCCUAAUCAAGUGGAUUUCACUGCAACAGCUACUUUGGAGCCAAUGCUGAAUUCUUCCCACACCAAACAUUUAGAUUCAAAAACAGGAUGUUGCUGGUGUUAUGGAGUUGUCCUGUGGUUUGAAACCGGAUUUACGAGCAGGUUCUGCCAAGAAACACCAGCCGUGUUGUCGACUUCUCCACACACGCCGAAAACACAUUGGUCGCAAACAAUUUUGACAUUUCGAGAGCCCAUUGCCAUGAGUUACGAGAAAGCUAAUGCAGGAAAAGUGGCAGCAAUUGGCACCAAUGUUUAUCCAGCUGUAAAGAUUGAUUUGCGUGUUAGUAUUGUCCGAUCAACGGAGCACCGCAGCAUCGACAUUUCUUUAGAAGCUGUUGGUGUUGGCACUGAUGGUCGGAGACGAAGUUGGCCGGCACAGCUCUUUAGUCUGCAGUAGAAAGGCUGAAGGACCUCUAUAGCAGAAACAUGUUACUGGCAAGUUUUGUUGUUGUUAUCUGCUUAGAAUCAGUUUUGUAAUGUUAAGAGCUCUGAUUCCUGCUAUUUGGGUAACUAUGUCCCCUGAAAUAUCCAUGUUCUUUGAGCGCGCACUAGUGCAUAGUUUUGCUACAUUGAAUGUGCAAGAUUCCUGAAGAGGCAAAAUAUUGUAUUGGAUUUAAAAUGCGGUUCCCUGAAAAUACUGAGUUUCAAAUUUGUGACUAUUUACUCAUCAGAUUGCAACUCGUCUAUUUCUUUUC